UAGGAUAUAAAUAGAAGGGCAGAAGUCGAAAGUGGGACCUCGCAGCUUCACCCAUACAAGUUCACAAGGAUCAGUUUUUGUGUGUGAGUGUGAAGGAACACCCUGCGUACGGAUUACAACCCGGGUUCUGCUAAAUUAAAGCACCUUUUGCAGGCGUUAUGAUGGCUUCCAAUUACGGCAUUGGCAAUAUCUUGACUGAUGUUAUGCGCUCCGUAUACCAGACUGAAGACAAUCACUCCCUCCCCACGGGAGCCAGGGAACAGCUUGGUCCGAUGCUAAACAUGGAUAUACCCGACUCCACCUCUUGGUUCCAAAUUGACCCCCAGUUAUGGAGCAAUCAACACGUCUUGGAGUGGAUCAGUUACCACGUCGAGAAGCACAAGUAUGAUGCCAACAAUAUCGACCUGUCCUUCUGUGAUAUGGACGGGGCCACCCUCCUUACACUGACCAAGAACCAACUUGUGUCCAUCUUUGGUCCACUGGGGGAAGAACUCUACAAGAGCCAUCAGGAAUUAAGUAAAAACAGUUUUGAUUUGAUACCUGAUGACUUCAGUGACAUCUUCUUGCAAAGUAUUCUCCCAGAUGACUGCAAUGAGUACGAGUUCCUGGACACAAAAAUUACCUGGAAGGAACUUGAGAAACUUGAAGAGUUGCCCGAUCACUGUAAAACCUUGCCAGACCUCCAACCCAGUGAUCCUGGGUAUGAAUCUGCCCCCACAUCGCCAUAUAGUAUUGAUGACUCCAAUCCAGGAUCCCAGUCUCCCAGCUCUCCAGACUCCGGUGGAAGUGAAUCAGAUUUUGAUCACUCAAUAAUGCAUGGGCAAUAUAGAAUUCAGAAUGAAGAUUUCCCAAAAAUGUCAACCAUUGAUUACAAGGCUCCCAAGCGAGGAAGAGGAAGGCCAAGGAAACUAGGCAAAGAGGAAAAGAGCUGUACAGAGACCAAGAGAAGCAAACACUCCCCAAGAGGCACACACCUUUGGGAGUUUAUCAGGGAUAUCCUCCUCCAUCCUGAGAUCAACAAUGGCCUCCUGAAGUGGGAAGACCGGUCUGAAGGGAUCUUUAAGUUUCUUAAAUCGGAGGCAGUCGCGCAGCUCUGGGGAGAGAAGAAGAAGAACAGCAGCAUGACUUACGAGAAGCUCAGCAGAGCCAUGAGGUAUUAUUACAAGCGUGAAAUCCUGGAACGCGUAGAUGGAAGGAGACUGGUCUACAAGUUUGGAAAGAACUCCAGUGGCUGGAGAGUUGGCGAUGCAUAAGAUGAAGAAACAUUUUCAUCCCAGUAAAAAAUUCACUUUCUCUGCAAAUAUGUUUGCUGGCAAACAAGAUUCCCAACAGAGACAUGGUGGGGAGUACUGGACUGAUGAACUGGCCCUUUUAAGGGACGUGCUCCAUGGGCAUAAAGUGAUGAUUUUUUUUAGAGGAUGGGUGUGUUUGUUUAUUUUUAAUUCUCUGCGUUUUCAAACUCCAGCCUUUCUUGGGCCAGAUGUAUGUGUCAUAAAGGUGGCACUGGAAAUAGUAAGCCUAUUUUUGGGCCAAAGUAGGUUAUUGAACCAAUUUGAUAUUUUUAGGAAAAAAAAUGUUGUGGACCUAAAUCCCACUGAAUGUGCAACACAUAUUUCGAAGGCAUUGGCAAGUGUGAACAGCCAGUCACAAGAAUCAAUCUCUCUAUUCUACCCUGGCAAUAUUAAUGUUGCUCGGCAACUUCUACUUUUGAAAUAUGCGCUAUGGUGUCUACAUAAGGAUAACAUAUAGCAGGACUCCUUUCAUUGCUUGUGCACGGAAUUAUAUGUUGUAUAUAGUCUGUGUCACAGAGAUCGCUAACCUACCUAUGUAUAUAUCUGUAUAUAUAUAUUAAGAAACAAUGGGAACUUAUUCAGCUGGACUGGUACAAUUUCCACUGAAACCUGAGUGUGUAUAUAUGACUUAAACAAAAAAUCUGGGGUAAAUAUUCUUUAAAUAGAUUGAAUAGAUUUUGUAAGAAAUUUAAAAUCUGUAUGUCUUUGUUUAUUUUCCUAUGAAUAUAAUAAUAUUUUACAAAUAAAAACACAUUUUAA